GGGCAAUUAAAAACGUUUCUAGGGUUUUUGGAAGCGCUCUCGCUCACGACGAUCGCCGGUGUCUCGCGGCUCGCUCCCUGCGCUGCGCUGCGCUGCCAAUCGCGCCAUGCCUAGAUACUACUGCGAUUACUGUGAUACGUAUCUCACGCACGACUCGCCGUCGGUGAGGAAGCAACACAAUGCGGGGUACAAACACAAGGCGAACGUCAGAGCUUACUACCAACAGUUCGAGGAGCAACAGACCCAAAGCAUCAUCGACCAGAAAGUCAAGGAGCACCAACACAUGGCCGCGUUCCAGGGAUUCAAGCAGAUGGUGCCAGUGCUCUCACGGCCAGGCAUGGGACUGCCGGGCUCGUCUCCGGCACCAAUGAUACAACCAAUGCGUCCUCCAGUGAUGCAUCCUGGUGCACCAGGUGGAGGCUAUCCUCCUGGCCCCGGUGGAUUCCGGCCCCCCGUAGCACCAGUUCCUGGCAACACGCAACCAAACGGCGUUUACAGACCUCCAAUGACACCACCGGGUGCUCCAGGUCGACCACCACCCGGUUCCACAGCUCCAAACGGUAUGCCUUCUUCCGGUGGUGGCUACUCCCAGCAGCCAGUGGUACCUGGUCAAUCCGGCGGCGGCGGCGGCGGUGGUGGUGGUGGUGGUGGUGGUGGCUAUGGUGGCUACGGUGGUUAUUCACAGCCACCACCGGGUCCCGGCUAUGGUUCGCAGCCUCCUCCUCCUCGACCAGGUAUGUCCUCUGGCUAUGGUUACUCUCAACCUCCUCCAGGCAGCGGAGAUUGACAAACCAAGUUCCGCGAUCUCGAUCUCUCCGAGGGAAGUUCUCUUUUUCCUUGUUCUCAGCUCUACUUUUCGUCCCUUAAAUGCGUUUUCUAUUGCUUUAAUACUAUUGUGGUGGUGCGAUUUAGCAGCAGCUAGAUCGAACAUGGCAUGAAUUUGUGGGACGAGAGCCGUGAAUCAAAACGUGUUGUUCUUCCUCUA